AUGGCCAUGGGCGUGGCGGACGUAGCAGCCGAUUUGGUGUGGUACUUGGCGUGGGGCGUGGCGGGGCUGCUACUUGUGGUGGCCGUAUGGCUGUUCUACUUUGUGUGGUGGAAGCCAAGGCGAUUGGAGCGUGCGCUCCGGGCGCAGGGCCUCGAUGGCACCCCCUACCGCUUCCUCCAAGGCGACCUGGAGGAGAGCGCCCGGCUCGACAGGCAGGUGCAGGCCAAGCCCAUGUCCUUAUCUCACAACAUCAUCCCUCGCGUUUAUCCUUUCGCCCUUCGUGCCAUGAGCCGAUAUGGUAAAACAUCUUUCACUUGGGUAGGCCCUGUACCCGAAGUGACCAUUGCGGAUGUGGGAUUGGUGAGGCAGCUUCUAUUGAACAUGCCCAAUGACAUCGAAAAGCCCCAGUUGAACCCUCUCGGGCAGUUCUUCUUCAGAGGAAUGUUCAUUUACGAGGGUGAAAAGUGGGCGAAGCAUAAGAGGAUUAUGAACCCUACUUUCCAUAUGGAGAAGUUGAAGCAAAUGUUGCCAUCGUUCCGUACUUGCUGCAAUGAUCUGAUGAGCAAAUGGGAGAAUACGGUGGUGGGUUCGGGGACAAGUUAUGAGUUAGAUGUUUGGCCUGAACUCCAAGCCUACGCUUUAAAUGUCAUUUCGACAGCAGCUUUAGGAACUAGCUUUGAAGAAGGAAGACGGGUCCACCAGAUUCAAGUCCAGCAGCUUAUGCACUUCGUUCAGGCCGGCCAAGCUAUAAAUAUCCCUGGUUCCGUGUUUCUUCCCACCGAAGCGAAGAAGAGAAUAAAAGCACUGAACAGAGAGGUCGGAGAAUUGGUAAGAAGCAUAAUAAAGAAGAGACAAGAGGAAAUAAAGAGUGGCAAAGCCAGCAACGAUAACCUGCUGGGCUUGCUGCUGGAGUCCAAUAUGAAGGGCUCCCAAGAAGACGGGUUGACCAUCGAAGACGUGAUCGAAGAAUGCAAGCUCUUCUACUUUGCAGGGCAGGAGACGACAGCCGUCUUGCUAACAUGGACGAUGAUUCUCUUGAGCAUGCAUCCUGAGUGGCAGGUCCGAGCCAGAGAAGAAGUUCUUCGAGUCUUCGGGCAGAACAAACCGGAUUUCGAUGGCCUGAACCGCUUAAAGAUCGUGACAAUGAUUCUGCACGAGGUUCUCAGGUUAUACCCACCAUUGACUUACCUCCCAAGGCACACAUACAAGACGAUAAAACUUGGGGACGUGACCUACCCACCGGGAGUACUGCUUCGAAUGCCAAUACUCUUCUUGAAUCACGAUCCGGAAAUCUGGGGCGAAGAUGCCAGUGAGUUCAAUCCAGAAAGGUUUGCACAAGGGGUGUCCAACGCAUGCAAGAACCACCAGAUGGGCUUCUUUUCCUUCGGCGGCGGCCCUCGGAUUUGCAUCGGCCAGCACUUUGGGUUGAUUGAAGCUAAGAUGUUAUUCUCUACCAUUCUCCAGCGCUUCUCGUUUGAGCUCUCACCCUCCUAUGCCCAUGCUCCACACAUUGUUAUGACUCUUGUCCCUCAGUAUGGUGCUCCUUUAAUGUUCCGUAGACUUUGAAUUACUCUUCUUCGAGUCAUUU